GCACCUACUACAAACCACCACGAUCUGGCCUCCUUCCUCGAGCACAGUCGCAACAUCGAUUCCAAAACCGGUACCACAGUCUACAGAGGGACACACUACGAGUACACAGUAAUAGAAUUUCUCAGGACAUACAACUUCACUCUUCGAAGGACGGGACGGUCCAACGAUUUGGGUAUCGACCUCCUAGGCCAAUGGCAAUUACCGUCAGAUCCGCAAGAGCUGAGAGUUCUGGUCCAGUGCAAGGCUUCCAAACCCAGACCGGCGAUGGUUCGCGAGCUGGAAGGCGCAUACGUCGGCGCUCCAGCAGGCUGGAGAGGCGCUGAUGUGAUGGCUCUGCUGAUCACGCGAGACCCAGCCACGCUCGGCGUCAGAAAUGCUCUUCAACGCAGCCGUUUGCCGAUGGGAUUUGCCCAGAUCACGGAGAAUGGUGCGAUGCGGCAGUUCAUGUGGAACCAUGCUGCCCAGGAAGCUCGCCUUACCGGCAUGUCGGUGACGAACGAAUAC